UAACGAGAAUGAUCGCUAUAAAAUUACAAAGAAAGCACCCAGAGUUUAGUCAGGAGGAAGUAAUGAGGCUCGUUGAUACCUUCCAACAGCUAGACGUAGAGGGUAAAGGUGUAGCACAGCAAGAUAUUAUCAAGUCACUCCAGAAUGAAGCCACCUACGAUCAAGUUAGAGAGACGCUCAAGGAUGUCAGCGUAGACGCUAGUGGAAGAGUAGAAGUAGAAGAUUACGUUGAUCUCAUUUCAAAGCUCAAAGCGGGUCAAAACGCCAACGCAGGUGUCGUACAGAAGGGAAAAGUCACCGUCAAGGGUACAUCAUCAAACGUUUCACACACUAUUAACGAGGAUGAGAGAUCAGAAUUUACUAGACACAUUAAUCAAGUCUUAGACGGUGACGCUGACGUAGGUAACAAGUUACCACUUCCAACAGACAAUUUUCAGCUUUUCGAUGAAACUAGAGAUGGUUUGAUUUUAUCAAAGUUGAUAAACGACGCUGUACCAGAUACUAUUGAUGAACGUGUACUCAAUAAGCCAAAAGGUCGCACAUUGAACGCCUUUCAAGCCACUGAGAACAACAACAUUGUUAUACAAUCUGCAAAAGCUAUCGGUUGUCAAGUUGUUAACAUUGGUUCACAAGAUUUAGUAGAGGGUAGAGAAAUCUUGAUUUUAGGUCUUAUUUGGCAGAUUAUUAGAAGAGGUUUACUUUCUAGGAUUGACAUUAAGAACCACCCAGAAUUGUACAGACUGUUAGAACAAGAUGAGGCUUUGGAAGAUUUCUUGAGAUUACCACCAGAUCAAAUCUUGUUGAGAUGGUUCAACUACCACCUUAAGAAUGCAGGUUGGCACAGAAGAGUUUCCAACUUCACAAAGGAUGUCAGCGAUGGUGAAAAUUACACCAUCUUACUCAACCAAUUGAAACCAGCUGAAUGCUCAAGACAACCACUUCAACAAACUGAUUUAUAUCAGAGAGCUGAAAUGAUUUUACAAAACGCUGAUAAAAUCGGUUGUAGAAAAUACUUAACUCCAAAUGCAAUGGUUGGUGGUAAUGGUAAAUUGAAUUUAGCAUUUGUCGCACAUUUGUUCAACACCCACCCUGGAUUGGAACCACUGAAUGAGGAGGAAGUACCAGAAAUUGAAGAAUUUGACGCUGAAGGUGAAAGAGAAGCUAGAGUAUUUAUUUUAUGGUUGAACAGUCUUGAUGUUAACCCAGCAGUCUACAAUCUCUUUGAAGAUGUUAGUGAUGGUCUCGUGUUAUUACAAGCAUUUGAUAAGAUUGCACCUGGCUCUGUCGUUUGGAGGAGAGUUGCGAAACCAAAACCAGAGCAAGAGUUAUCAAGAUUCAAGAGAGUUGAAAAUACGAACUACGUUUGUGAACUUUGUGUCAAAAAUGGUAUGCAUCUUGUUGGUAUUCAAGGUGCGGAUAUCGUUGAUGGUACACGUACGCUCGUUCUUGGUACCGUCUGGCAGAUUAUGAGAUUGAGUAUUGGUGUUACUUUGUCAAGUCUCAGCAAAAAUGGCAAACAAAUUACUGAUGUUGAUAUGGUGAGAUGGGCAAACGACAGAGUUGCACAAGCAGGAAAGAGAUCAUCUAUGCGUUCGUUCAAAGAUUCUUCCUUGAGAUCAGGACACUUCUUCCUCGACCUUCUUGAUGCACUCAAACCGGGUUACGUUGACUAUUCAUUAGUCAAUGACGGUAGAACAGAUGAUGAUGCAUUCCUCAACAAUAAAUUAGCUAUCUCCGUUGCACGUAAAAUUGGUUGCCUUGUCUUCGUCGUUCCAGAAGAUUUGGUCGAAGUUAGACAAAAACUCGUUUUAACGUUCAUCGGUGCAAUCAUGGCUGCAACUGCCUAAAACUAAUUUGACGACAUUCAAAGUGGACAUCUGUUUUUUAAGAAAUACCUUUACUUUAAAGAUUGAAAUUUUUUGUUUAUGUUUACAAAGAAAAAAGAAUACAUUAUUAUUGAAUUU